AUGUAUCAGAACGCCACGACGCUCUAUCACGCGACCAGCAGGGUGGCAGCUGAGAGCAUCGACCGAGAGAGGCGGAUGCAUCCUGGUACACGUGGCUUUGCUGGUGGUGCCAUCUACUUCUCGAGGGAUCCUUGGGCAGCCUGCCGAAAAUGCCAGCAUGGGCGGGGUCAUGCCGAGGUCAUCAUUGAGUGCGCCGUGAGCCUGGGAACAUGCAAGGUUGCCACGAAGAACAGCGUUACGAUGCGCAACGCCGUCCGUCAAGGCUUUGACUCCGUGAUGGUUGCCAGCCUCGACGUUUAUGCGGUGUUGGAUUCCAGCAGAGUGCAGAUUCUCCGGUUCCAGCAAGUCGGCGGGGUUGAAUGGUUCUGGAGCAUGGAGGAACUGCGCGACUACUACGAGCCGCGGCCGAAAGACAAGGAUGUGCCACCAUCCAGCAGCUUCGGCUGGAUGGCGCUCCUUGGUGGGUUGUGCGUACUUGCCUUCAUCCUCGUCAAGAGGUAG